CGGCAUCGCAGUGAACACUACGCGCUCUGGUAGUGUAAAUAGAUAUACUUAUAUAUAGUUAGUAUAUAUAGCAAGUGGAUAUUUGAAAAUCUGAUCAAAAUGGCACAACGUUUCACAUCCUUCAUCGCGUUCGGUAGUGUGCUGCUGCUGGCGGCGUCUGUUCAGGGUGCUGCCAUUGAUAAUGCGGUCACACCCCGCAUCCACAGCUCGGAUGAGCUCAUCUCGACCAUUGUGGAUAAGUGCUUCCAUGCCAAUGCCAUGCAUUGCCUGAAGGAGAAGGUGCUCACCUAUCUGGACACGGUCGCCAAUGUUGAGGAGGAGGUCAGCGGUCGCGCCUUCAACGAAGAUGUCAUCGAUAAGGUCAUUGUGGAUCGUCUGGCACGCAUUCUGCGCACCAACGAGCUGCGCCUCCAGCUGCCAGAGACCUUCUUCUCCAGCUCGGUGAUGACCUAUCGUUCCGAUCGUGGCUUCGACUUGGAGCUGCCCAAGGAGGAAGGCCGUGCUGAGAAGAAGAACAAGGACAAGCUCUUGCUGCCUCUGUUGCUGCUCAUGAAGUUCAAGCUGAAGGUUAUCAUGCCCAUUCUGUUGGCUCUGGUCAGUCUUAAGGCCACCAAGGCUCUGAUCCUGUCCAAGAUUGCCAUCAAGCUGGUGCUCGGCUUCCUCAUCUACAAUUUGAUCCAGAAAUUGGGUGGCAUGAAGAUGAACAUGGUGCCCAUGCCACCACCAAUGCCAGCAGCUGAAUACGGUGUGCCAAGCACCACCGCCUCCUCUUACGAUCCCAGCAGCUGGGAGCCCAUGAGCGGUGGCCCAUAUGCCCGUUGGGACUCACAGAAUCUGGCCUAUAGCUCAUACCACCCCAGCAGCUCCUCCUCGUACAACUCGGGCUCAUCGUCCGGCGCCUCCACCUCGUCCAGCUACAGCUCCUCAUCUUAGAUCUUAGAUCAUACUGCCGCUGUUAAUGUACAUACCAAGGAACUGAGUGCCACACCGUGGCACUUUGAGUAAGCAGACCAAAUGGAACCGGAACAUGCCUAGGCCAUAAAAUUAGUUGUUAAGUUUAAGCGCUCGACUUUUAGCCAUUCUAUUCAUUUCCAUGCUCCAUCUACUUUCGCUUCCUCUCGCUUCUUCUCUAUCGCCUCUUUCUAACUGCUUUUGCUUCCAGCUCUGCACUUUCCGCUACUUAAACUCUUCUUCUCUCCCCUCAGAAA